AUGGGAGAUUCACAAGCAAAAUAUAAUAUAUGGACUGUGGAGGAGAGCAAUGAAUUAUUAAGACUUAUGUAUCAAAGCCGUUUGAAGUGGUUCAAACAACGAUAUAACAACUACUGUAAGCUUAUGCGUCAUAGUUCUGGGUUUGGAUGGGAUUCUAUGACAAAGAAAUUCACAGCUAGUGAUGAAGUAUGGGAGGAUUAUUUUAAGUCUCACCCUAAACAUGAACAUUAUCGGACUGAUACUUUUGAGGAUUAUGAAGACUUAAGACUUCCUCUAUUUUCUGAGGACCUUGCUUCACCAUUACCAUCUCAACCUAUGAGUUCUGAGGUUCCACAAGCAACUAGAAAACGAGAUAGGAGCGAAUUUGAAGCAAAAUCAAGCACUUCAAAGAAUAUAGACCCAGAUGUUUUAAAUAGACUCUCUUACACCAUUGAGAAAGCAUCUUCUAAGAUUGAAUUAGUUGGCGUUGCAGAUGAUAACUGUUGGGAUGCUAUAAAACAAGUCCCAAACUUGGAUAAUCGUACUCAUUACAAGGCUCUUGACUGGCUCAAUACUAGAGCAAAGAAGGUGGCUUUCUUGAAAAUGACAAUUGAAGAGCGUUUGGAGGGGAUAGAUUUUAAAAUGAGUGAAUGA